AUCUAACAAAACAAAAUCCCUAUCAUAUAACAUAUCACUGCAAAACUUUCCGACUAAACAUGCUAUUGACAAGACCAUUCCAAUCCCACAAUCAUUUCCAACAACAGAACACUGCCAACACUGCUUCCACAGGCAUCGACGCCAACAGCAGCAGCACAUAUAAUCAGAGGACAAGCGCAAACCCGAGGAGCAAUUUUGCCUACGGCUACAACAUACAAGCACACGAGAUCCCACACGACAUCGACGCAAACACCGACCUGGGACUCGACGUCGAAUUCAGCCCGCUCAACGCAGACUCGGACAUCGCCCUGUCGCCUUUCUCGACAAACUCGUGGCUCUCGUCGAGCUCACCUUCACUGAUGAGCAACGCUGAUCUGAUGCCGACGUCUGAGAACUGGUAUGCCCAAAGCCAAAUAAGCAACAAGCCGGGACACAGAACAUCAGCGCACAAUAGGGAGUCGUCGCUCUCUUCACUGGGCUCGGCCGGCCCGGCGUCGCCUUACUCGCAGUCUACGACAAACCCACAGAUCGCCGUGACAGACUCGUUGACGGAUGGGUUCGGGGGCAGCAACAUGUUCGGCACGAACGAUUCUUACUACCACUUGGCAAAGUCCUUUGGCCCCGGCCAGGAUGGAAGCAACUUUUCACCCAACUACCCUAACCACUUGCACACCAACCCCACAGCAACCGCAUACAACCAAGUGCUGGCGCAUCAAAAGCCCAAGUCCGAGAGGGGACUUUUACCUCCGCCCGAGCUAUCCGCUAGCAGUGCGUCAAAGUCACGCCCAGUCUCGGUGGCGAGCUCAGUUGCUUCUCAUGACUCACCAGCAACCCCAUGUCACGUUGAGGCGGAAGAUGAGAGGAGACAGAGGCAUGCCGGCAGCCUUCACGUUGUCCCCAAGCUCGACAGGACCAUGACCGAUAUUUACAACGACGAGCUCUACAGCCCCAACUUUACUCUGAGCACCUCAACUCCGUCACACGCACAACCUUCGCAAAGCUCUGGCUCUCCGCAUCAAGACAUGUUUGCGCAGCGACUACAGGCAGCCCAACAGCACCUUAGCGCUGCCCAAACUCCGACAACGGCAGUGUCUCGUGAUCGCUCGCCAUUCCGCAAUGGGUCACCGCUCGCACCGACACCCAUGCACGACUUUGGCCCUGAGCCUUCGCACUGCCAGCAGCGUCAAGGGCAGGCUCAGCAGCCAAGGCAGCUGGGCUUCAAGUCGGCACAGCAACUACGGGAGCAGCACAAGGCAGAGCAGGACAACGAGGUCCUUCGCCAGCAGCUGAACAGAGGAUCAAAUGCAGCGACACCUCAAACGAUAUCGCCCAAGGACGCCAUGCUUGAGUUUAACGACAACGAUGAUAUGAGCAACGUGCCACUUUUCCCGCAAACAUCUUCAAAUGGCAUGAGCGGCUUCACGGAGGACGAGCUCAACAAGGCUGUUGCCGCGGCCGCUGCCGCAUCUGCUGCCGCCCAGAGCACCCAGGGAUUUGGCACACAUGGCCUGCCCAUGGACGCGAGCGCAUUCACCUUCACAGCAGCACCAAUGGCGCCCACGAUACAGAUUCCUCAGGCUUAUCCAUUUGUUGGCGCCAGCCAGAUGUCGAUGCAGCAGACUCCAGUCUCGAUGCGCGGUUCAUCAUCUACUCCAGGGCACCUGUCGGCUACAAGCCAUUCAAACAGCACACAUAGCAGCAUCAGCCCGAACAUGAACAGCCCGGGGAGGCCAGAGGGUAGGAUCACCGCUGAUGGCGGCACAUACACUUGCACUUACCACGGCUGCAGCCUGCGAUUCGACACGCCGGCGCUCCUGCAAAAGCACAAGCGCGAGGGUCAUCGUCAGGCACAUGGCCUUAGCACAAGUGGACGCAGGGCAGACAUGGAGAUGGGGCAUGGCGGAGACGGCAUGACGUCGCAGCUCCUCAAUACUCAGCACGGGCCCCACAAGUGCAACCGCAUCAACCCGAGUACAGGCAAGCCCUGCAACACCAUCUUCUCUCGACCCUACGACCUUACAAGGCACGAGGACACGAUCCACAAUGGCCGCAAGCAGAAGGUUAGGUGCGAUUUGUGUACUGAGGAGAAGACUUUUAGCCGCGCGGAUGCGCUUACGAGACACUAUCGAGUUUGCCAUCCCGACGUCGAGUUUCCCGGGAAGCAUCGUCGUCGAGGAAUGCAGGGAAGCAACAAUCAUCAGUGAGCAAAGGAGUCACGUUAAUUGCUACGAAGUUUACUGUACGACUUGAUUUCUUGUUCGGCAUUUCCGAAUGACGGCACGUUGCACAAUGAGGGGACAGGGUGUUUGGCUUGUGUGGUUGUGUGUGUGAGUGUGUUGUGUGUUACCCGAAGACCCAGCCUGAAACCCUUAUUUGGGAUGGCUACGCAAGACAAGCAGGGAAUGCUACAGCGAGAAAAGAAAAAGAAGAAAAAAAAUCAUACUAGCAUUCAGUCCAUCCGAACCACGGCUGCACACAACCUGGACGAUCACAGGGACAGCCACUUGGGAACAAAGCCCAACGGCAACGGCAUUUCUCAAGGAAGGGAGGUCCUUGGCUGGUGGGGAAUCAAAUGACGGCAUCGACGGGGUCCUGAGUCGUCAUUAGCGCGAUUGAGACGCUUUGAGGAGCCCAAGCCCGGCUCCCCGCCCGACCAGUGGUGAUCGAUUGGCGCCCCGCCAAGACCACCAUGGGCCCCAGAAAAAUUCAGGGUCCAGCGAACUCGCUGCACGGUUGGGGGCCCCACCGCCGAGGCGCCGGAAGCAGCGCUCCAUUGCCAAUCCCGGUCAAAGAGAACCCUGGAUGACGUCAGAUGUGAUCAUCCACGAACCCUUUCCGCGGUUGGCUCCUGCUUUUCCUUUUGUCAAAGACGACAUGGAAGCAUCACCGAGUGUCUAGAAAGAGCUCAUUCUUUUGCGUCGAUUGAGAGGAAUACCAGGCCAACCCAUCCAUCGCAACCCUCAUUACGAAGUAGCAUAGCAUCAUACAUUUAUUUUUACGCCCUUGGAUCACACACCCCCAUUACGACACGAUACGAAACAAAAUUUGUUCACUUCAUUUGGGCUGGUCUUUUGUUUUUCUCUUAUCUUUAUUUUUUUGACUUUUGUUGUACACUACCUAUAUUUCUUCUCCCAGACAUCAUGACCCGCAACAUCGUCACCACCAUCAUCAUUCCUUCUAUCCUUUGGUAAUACGUCAUUUGACGUGCCAUUUGAGAUGGACAUUUUGGGAGCGGAUUUUCUGCAACACCCCCUGGAUCUGUUUAGCGAUUGAAUUUUUAAUGAGUGCAGCUUUACUCUUCGAUUCCUCUUCAUUUACUCAUGUAUUUUUUUCUUCUUUUCUUUUGAGGACCAUUUUCAGUUCAAUUAGCGGCGACACAAAAUAUAGAUGGGAUACCACUGGGACGGGCAACUUUUGGGUUUUCUCUCCUAAUUCAUCAUUCACAUACUAUAUUCAUUUUUUUCUUCUUACAUUUGCAAUGAGUGAUCACCCGAGUGCAGAAUAGCCUGCCAAGCGGUGCAUUACAUUUGGGUACAUCUCUUUUUCUUUCUUUAGACAUGGGGAAAAGUAUGAGGAAAAAAACUUGGAAUAAAUCAGACGACGGCAUCAGCGUGUUGUACUAAGUACUGUAAUUGAACUUAAAAUUGUACAUGAACCCUUGCUGAGGAGUGACUACCGCGUAUACAGUGAGUG